GAAGCUGCGGAUACUGCUUUACAGGAAGUGAAUUCGAUAUUGAAUGAGCCGUAUGUUGCCGUAACUGCAAUUAGUAAAGAUGGACACUUUGGAAUGGCAGCUAUCAAUGCCGAUGCAAUGCCUUGGGCGAGUAUCAGUGAUCGUGUUCACGAUCACGUUAUCGUGUUAAGAUCGGGCACACAGCCAGGUGUAACUCAUGAAGAG